GGAUCGUAUAAGCAGACACGCCAAAGUCGCCAUGUCGGACCCCGUCUGGCUCAUCACCGGCGCGUCGAGCGGUUUCGGCCUAUCUCUUGCGCUCCGGGCUCUCAAGGCCAAGCAUCGCGUCAUUGCCGCCGUUCGCAGUAAGACCAAGUCCGCCGAUGCCGUCAAGACAAUUACCGGCGGCGGCGGCAAAGUCGUCGAGCUGGACAUGACGGAGUCGCAGACGAGCAUCGCCGCCAAAGUGAAGCAGGCCGAGGAUAUCUACGGACGAAUCGACAUUCUCGUCAACAAUGCGGGUUACUCGCAGCUCGGGGCGCUGCAACACUUUACAGAGGACGAAUUCAUCCUGCAGUACCGGACCAACGUCUUCGGCCCGCUCUUCAUGACACAGGCCGUCCUCGCGGGGAUGCGCGCGCGCCGCAGCGGCCACAUCGUCAACCUCAGCAGCGUCGGCGGGCAGGACGUGCUGCCGACGUGCGGGGCGUACAGCUCCAGCAAGUUCGCACUCGAGGGCAUAUCCGAGGGGCUGGCCAAGGAAGUGGCCGAGUUCGGCAUCUCGGUGCUCAUCGUCGAGCCGGGCGCGUACCGGACCAACUUCUUUCACGCGCUGCAGCGACCCGAGGGCGGGCAGCUCUCGGACGACUACAAGGGCACGGCGACGGAGGUCAUGUUCGACAAGUUUGCGGAGAUGACGGGCAAGCAGCCGGGAGACCCGGACAAGGCCGUGGAGCGCAUGUUCCAGGUCAUCACGGGCGAGGGCGGCGGCGGGAGGCUGCGAGGCAAGGUGCUGCGGCUGAUGCUGGGCAUGGACGCCGUCGAGCGCAUCGAGAAGAAGACGGAUAGGCUGCGUGAGGACCUGGCGGCGGCUCGCAGGCUCGAGGAGGAGUGGAGCACUCUUUUGUAGAUGGUAUGAGUACGAAG